AUGUUUCACACCAUGUCAGAUUUGAAAAUAAGUGGUAGAAGAUGUUUUCUCAUACAUCCCUUCAUGCAGAUAUUCAUCAAUAUAACACAAAGUUGUGUCCCAACUCCCGAGCUUUGAAGCAAAAUAAACACACCACAUUGAACGCUCUUUAUUUUCUCUCCAAGCAGUAAUUCACUCAUCCGACCCGUACCUGUAGAUCUGCAUGAAACUUCAAACCAUCACUACAUAUUCCUUUUCGCCCCAAGCAACAAUUGGUCAAAGAAGGUAUCACAACAUAAGAAAGACCAAACAAGACAUUUCCAUUUCCGCAAUUGGGUAAUACACAGUGUUGAGGAGUGAUACACAGUUCGUGUUUACUAUCAGGGGCUUGUACCAAUGUCCCGAAUGUGGAGAUUGAGGGGUUUGUUUUGAUAUGUUUUCGUGUUAUUUCUAUCCUUCUCUUCUCUUCUUUUCUGAAGGAUCUACUUUUCACUUGCGAACACGAAAAGUUUCCAAGAAUUCUUUUUGUACUUUCGAUAGAUAUAGCGGUCGCGUUCGUUCAGUAACUGCAUUAUGUAUAUCAAUCUUUUGACGACGGCUAGUCUUUGCGCUGUGGUGCUUGGCAGCCCGCAGUUGGAUAGACGACAGGAUGUUGAUGCCUCCGCCAUAGCCUCCAGCAUCUCCUCUCUCUCCUCCGCCCUCAUCCCCGACCCAUCCCUCGCCGCCCAACUAACCAGCAUCCCCACAUCCGUCCUCGCUCUGCAAUCUUCUCCCUCGGGCUUCGCACAACUCGAACAAGAAUUCCUCAGUUCCCUCCCCGCUUGGUAUACUUCUCUCUCCCCCGCCGCUCAAACCUAUAUCAUCAACGCCGGCCCCGCAAAAGCCAGCAUCUACUCUCUCGAAGCCCUCCUAUCCAGCGCAUCCGCAUCCGCUACCACCUCCGCCCCCGCAGCCCCAAGCAUCACCGGUUUCCUCACCGGCAUCAUCAACGGGACGACCGCCACCCUCGUCCCAAUCACGGGCUCAGGAGGCCUGACGAUCGCGAGCGGGAAUAGUACGGUGACGACGAAAAAAUUAAGUGCAUCGGCUACCACGGAGACGGAAACGGAAGCGAAAACUACCGAGACGAGCGCGAAGACGACGGAGACGGGGAAGAAUGGUGGGGGCACUCCGAGCCCGAUUGAGAGCUCGAGUAAGGCUGGUGCGGCGCAGGUUACGGGGCUGUUGGGUGGGAUGGUGAUGGGGGCGGUGGGGUUGGUGUGGGUUUUGUAG